AUGCCGCAGGAAGUCAUCUUCAUCAAGGGUGCUCGUGAGCACAACCUUAAGAACGUAGACGUCACGAUCCCCCGGGACCGGCUGGUGGUGAUUACCGGCGUUUCCGGUUCCGGCAAAAGCAGCCUGGCUUUCGACACCAUCUACGCCGAGGGCCAACGCCGCUACGUGGAGUCCCUGUCCGCCUACGCCCGUCAGUUCCUGGGCCGCAUGGACAAGCCCGAUGUCGAUUACAUCGAGGGACUAUCGCCGGCCAUUUCCAUCGACCAGAAGGGCGUCUCGCACAACCCCCGAUCGACGGUGGGCACCGUUACGGAGAUCUACGACUACCUGCGUCUCCUGUUCGCCCGAAUUGGCAAACCGCACUGUCCCAAGUGCGGCAACCCGGUGGCCCGCCAAACGGUCCAGCAGAUCGUCGAUGCCAUCCUGGGGCUGCCUGAAUCAUCCCGCAUCACGCUGCUGGCUCCGAAGAUACGGCGCAAAAAGGGCGAGCACCGGGAAGUUUUCGAGGCCGCACGCCGGGGCGGGUUCGUCCGCGUCCGCGUCAACGGCGAGGUGAUGCUGGUGGAGGACACCGACAGCCUGGCGUUGGACAAGCAGAAGUGGCAUUACAUCGACAUCGUGGUCGACCGGCUCAUCAUCCGGGGCGACACCGAACCCAACCGCGUCACCGAAUCGGUGGAAACCGCGCUGCGGGAGGGCGAAGGCGUCCUCACGGUUGGCCGGGAAGGCGAGGACGACCAGGUAUUCAGCGAGCAGUUCGCCUGCGUCGCCUGCGGCAUCAGCCUGCCCGAAAUCGAACCUCGCACUUUCAGCUUCAACAGUCCCCAUGGCGCGUGCUCGACGUGCACCGGCCUCGGCUACCAGCUGGAGGUUGAUCCGUCACUGGUGAUACAGAACCGGUCCCUUUCCCUGCUGGAGGGGGCCAUCGUGCCGUGGGCGCGCUCGGGAGCGGCCAACGCCUGGUACGCCAGCAUGAUGGAGGCGGUGGCAACCGAGAACGACUUCUCUCCCCGCGUUCCGGUGCGGGAACUGACCGACGAGCAGGUCAACAUCGUGCUGUACGGCGCCGGCAAGCAGCAGGUCAAGGUCCGUCACCGGACGGGCCGGGGCCGCACCUACACCUGGAACACCGCCUACGAAGGGGUGAUCCCCAACCUGCAACGCCGCUAUCGGGACACCGAGUCGGACCACACCCGCGGCGAGAUCGAACGGUACAUGGCCCAACGGGCUUGCCGUUCCUGCGAGGGCGCGCGCCUGCGUCCGGAGGCGCUGGGCGUGCUGGUUUGCGGUCGCAACAUCAUGGAGGUCACCGGCCUCACCAUCGGCGAAGGGCUGCAUUGGGUCCGGGGCAUCAAGCCCGGCGACACCGUUUCCGCCAACGGCUCGAGCAACGGAUACGACGGCAGCAACGGGCGCGAUGGCGGGAACGGGCAUCUCCCGGAACAGACGCUGGAAAUCGCCGACGCGGACCCCGCGGCCAACGGGUCCAAGUCCAAGGCCCGCCGAUCUCGCAAGAAUGGGCGACGCGAGGUUGCCGAUGUCGCGGCCACGCUCACCGCACGGGAGAUGGUGAUUGCCGACCAGAUACUGAAGGAGAUUGACGGCCGCCUGCAUUUCCUGGAUAGCAUCGGCCUCGACUACGUGACCAUGAGCCGUACCGCGCGCACCCUCUCCGGCGGAGAAGCCCAGCGUGUCAGGCUGGCCACCCAGAUCGGCAGCGGCCUGACCGGCGUGCUGUACGUGUGCGACGAGCCUACGGUGGGGUUGCAUCCUCAUGACGACCACCGGCUCAUCGGAACCUUGACCCGGCUGCGGGACAUGGGCAACACCGUCAUCGUGGUGGAACACGACGACGCGAUGAUGCGGGCCGCCGACCACAUCGUUGACCUCGGGCCCGGGGCGGGUGAGCACGGCGGCAAAAUUGUGGCCACCGGCAACGUUGCCGAGGUCAUGGCCAACGAAGCGUCGCUCACCGGCGCGUAUCUCAGCGGCCGCAAGCGCAUCCCCGUCCCAGAGGAACGUCGGCCGGGCAACGGAAAAUCCAUCGCCGUCACUGGGGCACGCGAGAACAACCUCCAGGGUAUCGACGUGGAGUUCCCGCUGGGGUUGUUGGGCUGCGUCACCGGCGUGUCCGGCAGCGGCAAGAGCACCCUGGUGUACGACAUCCUCUACAAGCGGCUGGCCCAGGCCGUAGCCCAGGGUCGUGACCGGCCCGGCGACCACGACGAGAUCACCGGCAUCGAGCACAUCGACAAGGUGGUGAACAUCGACCAGUCACCCAUCGGGCGCACCCCUCGCAGCAACCCGGCGACCUAUACCGGCGCUUUCACGCCCAUCCGGGAACUGUUUGCCACGCUGCCCGAGGCCCGCAUCCGGGGCUACAAGCCCGGUCGUUUUUCUUUCAACGUGAAGGGCGGUCGUUGCGAGGCGUGCCAGGGCGAAGGGUACAUUCAGAUCGAAAUGCAGUUCCUGCCGGAUGUCACCGUGCCCUGCGAGAUCUGCCAGGGGCGCCGCUACAACCGCGAGGCUCUGGAGGUGACGCUGCGCGACCAGUCCAUCGCCGACGUGCUGGCGAUGACGGUGGAGACCGCACUGGACUUCUUCUGGAACUACUCCCGGAUCCGCAGCAAGCUGGAAACGCUGCGGGACGUGGGGUUGGGAUACAUUCGCCUGGGGCAGCCGGCCACGACCCUGUCCGGAGGGGAAGCGCAGCGGGUCAAGCUGUCUACGGAGCUGUCCCGUCGCGCCACCGGGCGCACCCUGUAUCUCUUGGACGAACCGACCACCGGCCUCUCCUUUGAGGACUGCGCCGCCCUGCUGCGCGUCCUGCACCGCCUGGUCGACCACGGCAAUUCGGUGUUGCUCAUCGAGCACAACCUGGACCUCAUCAAGAAUGCCGACUGGAUCAUUGACCUCGGCCCCGGCGCGGGUAACCGGGGCGGCAACCUGCUGGCCUUCGGGACACCGGAGACGCUGGCGCAGGUCGAGGAAAGCCACACCGGUCGUUACCUGAGGAACGCGCUGGGAGUUGAGGCGCAGGUCGGCGUGGCGGAUUAG